CUCACACUGAUACCCCACCAUCAGCUCUUCAACACUGAUAACUCAAAAUCAGCUUUAAGACCAGCUUUCAUCCCUUACACUGAUACAUUAAAAUCAGCUCUAAAACCAGCUAUCAGCUAUUUCACUAAUACCCCAUCAUCAUCUCUUUUACUCAUACUAUCAGCCCACUAUCAGCCCUGAGACUUCAUGCAGCCCUUAAUAGUCUGAAAUAUUGAUAAAAUCAGCUGCAAAGAAAAUAUGAAAACCUGAUUCCAAAAUUCAACAUCAUUAUUUUCUGAAAAAUCUCUGGCUACCAGAAUCCAAGAAAGAAAAGACCAAUUUAAGCAAAAAAAAGAUGUGUGACGGAAUACAGAGUGCUGUUAUACACAGCAGUACCACCCAGUGGGAUCUAGGGGGCGGGGAACUCUGGCCAGCAGGCAUUCCUUACCAGCCACACCCUAUCUGGGACUCCACCCACCCGCAGUACCAACCAGAGAUAUUUGGUUUCGGACCAGACUUCUGGGCUACACAGAGAGGGUCAACUAGUUCAUCCAGAUUGGCACUCUCUAAAGCGGCGAAGAAAAGGCGAAGGAUUGCAACUGCCGCUCAGCGUAGAGCGGCGAAUAUUCGAGAAAGACGGCGAAUGUUUAAUCUGAACGAGGCGUUUGACAGAUUAAGGACUAAGGUUCCUACAUUUGCUUACGAGAAGAGAUUAUCCCGGAUAGAGACCUUGAGAUUAGCAAUCACUUAUAUAUCAUUCAUGGACGAGCUACUCAACACCCCUCAAGGGGGUACAUGCAGGAGGGGGCCGCAGAUCCUGCCCCACCCCUUCGGGAUACACUCCUUGCCAACUAUGAACAAAAAUUAAUUUGAGAUUUGAAAUGUAUAUUUUCGUUUAUUAUCCUGCCAACAGUAGAAAAAGGCAUUACAGAAAUAUCACAUAGCUAGAUAUACAGGGUUACCCACAAAGGAUGAGACGAUUGUACGGAAUUUGUACUAUCUGUUUCCUUACGUUCAGAAUCCCCUGCAACUUUAAACUUAUUUCUGUCUUUGCUUAAUUAUUUAAUAAGCUAAUUAAACCGCAUAAUCGUCAUAUUUAAAGAGAUUUAAGUCGUCUUUACAGUCUCAUCCUUUGUUGGUAACCCUGUAGAUAGAAUAGAAAUUUUCAUACGGUGGUAAGCGUUUAUAUCACAACUAUGAAGACGACUUUUUAUUUAAGUUUUGAUUUUUUCUUCGGAUUUCAAGUUUUCAAGCAGUG